CCGUUCAAGAUCUACAUUAUUAAAUUCGUCUACGUGCCGAAUGUGCAUAGACCAUCUGGUCCGUGGAGGCCACCUGACGUGAACAACGUCGAAGCUUGCGCAAGAGCUUGUUACUUUAACUGUAUGUGUGCUGGAUUUGAAUGGCAAAAUGGCAUUUGCAUUGGAUACCAAACAGUUUCCCGAGGCGAAUCGCCAAGAGGCAUAAACCUUUGGUUCAAAAGAAGACCGCCAGCUGGAGAAGUCUGGACUGGAGUUAUGCCUCACCUUAAAUACGAGCCUGGCUAUUACUAUCCGGACUCAUCGCUGCUCAUUCACAAUGUUCUGGAUAUUCAAAUUUGAGAAUUGACUGGUAUGUUAUUCUACAUGCAUUUCGUAUUUAUUCCGGGCAAUCACAUGCCCUCAGGCCCACAAAUUAUUCACGAUGUUCGAGACGUCAAUACUUGCGCUAAAAGAUGUUUCUUUGACAAUCGUUGCGUCGCGUUUCAUUAUUAUACAGGACUAUGUACAUUGUAUCGUUCACUUAAUAGAGGACGUCCUCAGUACCUCUUUUUGUGGAUAAAGAAGUCUGCGCUGGAACCACUCAGGAAAUACAUUAUCAAGUUUGUAUUCGCGCCAAAUAUGCAUAGACCCGCGGGACCAUGGCGACCACGUAACACGGAGAACAUUGAAGCUUGCGCAAAAGCCUGUUACCUCAAUAGAAUGUGUGCUGGAUUUGAAUGGUUAGACGGGAAAUGUGUUGGUUACAACACAGUAACGCAAGGUCCGCUACUGAAAAGGCUUGAUCUUUGGUUCAAAAAAAGGCCACCAACUGGAGAAGUAUGGUCUAAGGACAUGCCAUAUCUUGCAUACCUGCCUGGCUAUUAUUACCCGAUUUCACCACUAGUCACUCGUGAUGUACCAGACAUUCAGGCUUGUGCGCAAGCAUGCUUUAGUAACCUUGUCUGUGCAGCGUUCGACUACCGCGCCAGAGCUUGCUUCUUUUUUACAACUCUGGAGGAUGGUCCGAAUCGGACUUUCAUCUGGCUCUGGGAGAAGAAGCCAAGUGCAAGAGGUAGUAAUGGUGACGAGCACAACUUUGAGAUUGAUGAAUCUGAGACAUUUUCAGGACUACUUUCGGAUCAGCUAUUUCUCACAUACUUUGUUUUUGCACCUGGUCGACAUCAGCCAUCAAGGUCUUAUAGACUUUAUCAGAUUUUCAGCACACGUUUGUGUGCAAGGCAAUGCUAUUUUGAAUCGUCAUGUGUUGCAUUUUUGUACAGAGAAGGAAUAUGCACUUUAUAUUACUCACUUAAAGGUGGCAUUUCUGGAAACCUUCUUUUGUGGGUGAAGAGAAGUGCUAUAGAGCCGCUUAAGCAGUAUAUAAUACGAUUCGUUUAUGCACCAAAUAUAUACAGGCCAGCGAUGCCCUGGAAACCAAAUAAUGUGCAUUAUAUCGACAGUUGCGCCAAAACAUGCUACUUUGCUAAAAACUGUGUCGGAUUCCAGUGGAAAAACGAAAUUUGUAUUUGUUAUGCUUCACUUUCGCACGGUUUAGCAUUGAAAAGACUUGAUGUGUGGUUAAGAAGACAGCCUCUGACAGAGGAAGCUAUGAAAAUAGAUUUUCCACAUUUGGUUUACGCACCAGGUUAUUAUAUUCCGGCACCAGCUAAAAGUUAUUUUCGUAUACGUGAUAUUCAAAUGUGCGCGCAAAUGUGUUUUGAGACUCCAGCGUGCAUAGCAUUCAGGUAUUCAAGUAGAACUUGUCUUCUUUUUCCGUCUCUUGACAGUGGGUUAUCUCGUAUAUACAUUCGAGUCUGGGAGAAAAGACCAAAUUCCAGAGGACUAAUGACAGUGGGAGUGUAUAUAAUGUACUUUCUUUUCGUACCUGGCUUUCAUAGUCCCUCUGGUUCAAAAAUCGUACAGUACGUUCCUAACCUUAAUAUCUGUGCAAAAAGCUGCUAUUUGGAUGAGACUUGCAUAGGAUUUGGAUACCCUGACAGAGUCUGCGUGCUGUAUCAUUCUUUUGCAGGAGGCACUCGUACCUAUAUUUAUUUAUGGGUAAAGAUUAGCAAUCCCGGGUCAAACGUCCAUCCUGAUAUUUCUCGACUGGCCAUAAUUGUUGGUCGAUACAGGCUUAUCGGUGAGGAAAAACCAUUAAAAAUUCAUGAUAAGAGAGCUUGUGUCAGGUACUGCUUUUCGAAUCCUCGAUGCGUUGCUUAUCGAUAUGAUCUAACUGGAUGUCGACUAUAUAAAGGUUAUGAACCUAGAAGUGAUUAUCCUAUUACUAUUUUCUUCAGAAGACCAGCACUUCUACUAGAAGAACGGGAAAGGUUACCUGUGUUUGCCUCACCAUCGAUUUUAUUUGGGCGGUACAAACUUUAUGGAGAAGAAAACCCACGACACAUUCACGGACAACACUCAUGUGCUGUCCACUGCUUCCGGAACCCUAAAUGUGUUGCUUGGCGUUAUAAGGACUCUGUGUGCAAAAUCUAUAAAUCUUACGCUGCUGGAAAGGAAUAUCCAGUUACCAGUUGGGCUGGUAUUGAAACUUUUGAUCCUGCAGCUUGCAGUGGCGUAAACAGUGAUUCUCUUUAA